GUUGCUUACUACUAGCGUACUCUCUACUGCCGUAGUAAUGUGAGAAUCAAAGGCCAUCCUUGACUUGAAUGUGGGUUGUGUGUGCCCCCGCUGCAAGAUGAAUGCCGAUGUGAACCGAAAAGUUAUGGCCAUCCAGGCGAAAAAGAAGCGUUCAAAAGGUCCCAAGUCCAAGCUCAAGGGUCGCUCCGAUGCAUCUGACAAGAAGCGGAAUGAGUCUCAGUACGACUAUGCCGGUGAGGAUGAGGAGGAAGAGGAGGAGAUUCUGGGCUCUGACGAUGACGAACAAGAAGAUCCUAGGGACUAUUGCAAAGGGGGCUACCACCCGGUGAAGAUAGGAGACCUCUUUCACAGUCGGUACCACGUAGUCCGGAAGCUGGGCUGGGGCCACUUUUCCACCGUCUGGCUUUGCUGGGACCUCGUGGGCAAGCGGUUUGUGGCCCUCAAAGUUGUGAAGAGUGCCUCGCAUUACACAGACACUGCCCUAGACGAGAUCAAGCUUCUCAAGGCGGUUCGGGAUAGCGAUACAGACGACACAUGCCGAGAACGGGUGGUGCAGCUUCUCGAUGACUUCAAGAUCUCUGGAGUCAACGGGACCCAUAUGUGCAUGGUUUUCGAAGUACUGGGACACAAUUUACUCAAAUUGAUCAUUCGAUCAAAUUACCAGGGCAUUCCACUACCCAAUGUGCGAGCCAUCAUCAGACAGGUGCUAGAAGGUCUGGAGUACUUGCACACCAAGUGCCAGAUCAUCCACACGGACAUCAAGCCUGAGAACAUCCUGAUAGCUGUGGACGACGCCUACGUCCGCAAGCUUGCCUAUGAGGCCACCCAGUGGCAGAAGAUGGGGCUACGCCUUCCCGGUUCAUUGGUGAGCACGGCGCCCAAGGAGCUCCGCACGGUGCCGACUCUGCCGUCUGAGGGUGCCGCUGGUGGAGCUGGAGCGGCUGGUGCCGGCGGAGGGUCCGCCUCCAAGAUGUCGCGCAACAAGAAGAAGAAACUGCGCAAGAAGGCCAAGCGUCAGCAGGAGCUGCUUGAGCGGCAGAUGCAGCAGCUGGAGGAGCUCGACAUGGAGGAGGACGAGGAGGAAGGGGGCCACGGUGAACAGGAAGGCAGCGGAUCCCUCAACGGAGGGGGCCCGACCCUGGGCAGCCCUCCUGACAUGCCGCCGCAAGAGGGUGCACUACUUGGAGACGGCAUGGACUGGACCCGAAGCGUGGAAGGUGGGGACCCCUCGUGGGCCGGAGGUGAUGUCUGUAACGGUCAUCGGGGUGACGGAGCCGCGCGGACAACCAUGGGCCGCCUUGAACGGUCCGAAAGCACCCUGGCACCCCCCACACCCACUGCGCAACUGCGGAGGGUGGCCUCCUGCCCCGAAAACCAAAAACCUCCGGAGAAGAUGGCUGAUCCUGUGCAUGAAGUUUGUAAUAUAUCUGUAAAAAUAGCUGACCUUGGAAAUGCCUGCUGGGUGCAUCACCACUUCACGGAGGACAUACAGACGAGGCAGUACCGAUGCCUCGAGGUCCUCUUGGGAGCCGGCUAUGGCACACCUGCCGACAUCUGGAGCACAGCCUGCAUGGCAUUUGAGCUGGCCACGGGCGACUACCUUUUCGAGCCGCACUCUGGGGAGGACUAUAGUCGAGACGAAGACCACCUGGCCCACAUCAUUGAACUCCUCGGAGAGAUCCCCAGGCACAUUGCCUUUUCGGGCCGAUACUCCAGGGAGUUCUUCAACAAGCGAGGGGAACUGAGGCACAUCAGCAACCUGAAGCCAUGGGGCCUCUACGAGGUGCUAACGGAGAAGUACGACUGGAGCCCCUCAGACGCACAGGCAUUCGCCGACUUCCUGCUACCCAUGCUGGCUUAUGACCCAGCCAUGCGGGCCAAGGCCUCCGACUGCCUGCGGCAUCCCUGGCUUGCCGCGCAGACGCCGCCCAGUGACGGCACCGGGAACAACAGCACUUCUGCCCCCCGAGACGAGCCCGUCGUCUCGUCCGUGGCGCGUCCCCCUCCCUCCUCGCCGAACCAGCGUCGGCCUCCGUCGUCAUCGUCGUCGUCCUCGUCGUCAUCCUGAGAAGGCCGCCCCUGCUCGUUGUCUGUGUGUUGUGGUGUGUUCCAACAGAGGAGGACCUGCUGCAUUCUGAGGGUGAAGUGCGGCUGACAGCAGCAGCAGGGGGUCGUAUCAACUCCUCAACUUGUACACGCUGCAGUGUUUUCUGCGGGAGUGGUUGGGAGGGGGGCAGGUGCCUCUGGUUGGUGCGUUUCUUUGGCAAGAGGCGGUUUUAAGGCGCGCCAGUUGGCUGCCAGUGCUGCUGCAUAUCUGGAGCCCCUAUGUUUAGAAAGACUGGGCUGCUACUUCUCGGCUUGCUCGUUCUGCUUGACUCUGUUGCGUGUCAGGUGGCCUGUAUAUGGAUCUUGUCAAUUGUCCGGCUCCUAUCCCUCUUUGUUCACUCCCAAACCUAGCUGCAAAAGAGAGAGAGGACUUAGUUCUUGUUAAAGCAAGGCACAGCUUCGCUAGUAUUGCUGUCCCUUGUUUUCCCGCAUAUCCUGGCAUUGGUUAGCUGUGUGCAAGUUUGGGGAAGUUCGCAGAAAAUGUAAAGUGGCCUGUGCAGCAACAGCAGCAGCAGCAGCAGCAGCAGCAUUUUUUUUUUCUUUCCAGGUUUGACCGCCGAAUUGGUGACAAAUUGGCCUUCGUCACCAACAUUCUGAUCAGAUAUGCAAGUAGUUGACUACGUCAAUGCAAUGCCUCAAGAAUGGACCUUUCUGCGGCAUGGCUACGACCAUGUUUCGGCUUAAAUUGCAGCGGGGGCAUGCAUUUUCCUUUUUCUGUAUGUCGCAAAAAUUUAUGAAGCGCUGUCUGCAAAUGAAAUUCACCAGCUUAAUGUAAUUAAAUGCCUGACAGUAGCUCA